AUGUUCCUGCACUCGGGAGCCGGACUUCAUGGCCAUGAAUAUUCCAAUCGACCCUCCUCGACAUCAGGCCAUACCACCCAACGUCGCAACACACUACUACGAUCUUCUUUUGCGACACCGAUAACUCGAGCAUCUACUUAUUCGUCGGCAGACUCUCGCUCGCCUCCCCCUACAGUUACCAGACCCGUUGCGGCUCGUAAUAGCUACCUACGACAAUCACUGCCAGCACACUCACCCAACACGCCCGAGCCCGUUGUAAGGUUCAAAGAACCCGAGCAUGAGGCUGUUGUGUCUCCUAGUCUUCAUAACAGAUCCGAAAGCAUGAGCGAAGAUGGGGGCUCUGUCGAUAUUUCAGACAGCGAUGCUAGUCACGCUGCAUCUUCAACUCGCCGUGCUCGUAAGCGAGCGACAAGGAAAACCACCACAUAUUUUUUGGCCCAACCCCCCCCUAAGCUGGGCAUAAAGCAGCGUAUAAUCCACCUGCGUCCACAACUCCUCCUCCAGUUGCAGCUGCUCUCCGAUGGUCAUCGUCCCCAACCUGCCAUUGACGUGUACCCGUCCUCAGUCCUCGCGAACCUAGCCGUUGCGGCACCGCUACUGAAGCGAUUUCCCCGACUGGCUAGAAUCAAGAGAGAGCUGAGUAUCCACGACGUUAUGCUUGUCAAAAGCGAGAAUUACAAUGCGCCCUCACUGAGCUCCGACAGUGACGGAAGUGAGGAAAACAUUAACAAACGGGAACUCGUGGCCAUAUUGAGCCCGCUCAUGACAGAAGACAAAGCCGAAAUCGUGCUCACAGAUGGCACGGUCUGGCUGGCUACGCCUCGUCUCAAUAGCUCAGGCGAAUUCUGCUCGUACGAAUUUACCACCGUGGACGACAAUGGCCAUGCCAUCACUGCGCGUUGGGUACGCAGACAGGCUGUGACUAAAUCCUUACCCUGCACGCCGACAUCGACCGUGCCAGCAAUGCCGAGAUCAUCUUCACCUCAAUCGCUGGACUAUAAGUUCACAUUUAGUGUCAUCGAUCCAGCAUGUCGUCGGCAUCCGAUUAUGGCCACCCUUACGCCAGCAUCUCUCGAAAUUCAAGAUACUUACACAACCGUCUCUCAAUCGUCCGGUCGGUAUCCACCUAUCUCG